AUGCCCUCUAAUUAUUUCUCAAGAUUUGGAGUAUCUUUCUGGCAAGGAGUCCAGAGAUCAAUCAACGUGAAAGAAAGUGGAAUCCAAGAUCCCAUAGAGGUUUUGAUUGGCCAAGGGAAAUUGUUGCUUGGCUACUCAAAGUCAUUCCAUUCUGUGCCUUCUGGAACUUUUUCUGACCUACAUGUAUUUCUACGGCCUGGCACUGUUGCUGCUUCUCAGGCAAAUUUGCAUAUAGUCAAUCGAAGAAAAAAUAUUUCAGUUGUUGGUGCAUUUUCUCGUGCAAUUUCCAUACCGUCUGUAUCAGGGCCUCCAUUUCAAGUUUGUGGGUAUCACAUUGAUCGUCUGCUAUCAGAUCCCUGUCAGAUUACUUUUGGCAUCAACUCUCAAAAGGUUCUUAUGGCUGUUUGUGGAUCUAGAUCAGCUCCCGCUGAUUGUUCUAUUAGUAAUUUGACUUCUAGAUCAGUACAACCUGGUGUGGCAGCAUAUCGUUCUUUCACUUCUUACAGCAGAAGAAGCUUUGAUAAUUGUAGAAAAGCUAGCAUGAGCUUGAAAAAUGAAGAACAGCCCAACAAUUUCUUGCUCUAUGGAUAUUUCAUAUAUAAUGCUGCAAAGAGAAAGGGCAAUUCCAAGUCAUACCCAAGAUUCGGGUUUGAUGGUUUCCACAUUUCAUCAUCAGCAUGUUCCUCUACAGGCACGGCUUCUGACAUGUCGUUUGAUAGCUCCACACAGGAGGGACAAUGUUCAAGUUCAGCAGAUUCUUCUGAUUUGAGGAUGCCAAUAGACAGAAAUCUAAAGCUAAAUUCAGCAUCAUGUUACCUGCCCCAUCCUGACAAAGAAGAAACUGGUGGAGAGGAUGCUCAUUUUAUCUGCUUGGAUGAACAAGCAAUUGGUGUAGCUGAUGGUGUUGGUGGAUGGGCUGAUCUUGGAGUUGAUGCAGGCCUGUAUGCUCGUGAGCUCAUGUCUAAUUCAGUCGAUGCAAUUCAAGAAGAACCAAGGGGUUCAAUUGAUCCAGCCAGAGUCCUGGAGAAAGCUCACACAAGCACGAAAGCCAAGGGUUCGUCGACAGCUUGUAUAAUUGCUCUCACAGAUCAGGGUCUCCAUGCCAUAAAUUUAGGAGAUAGUGGGUUUAUGGUGAUCAGAGAUGGAUGUACAGUUUUCAGAUCCCCUGUUCAGCAGCAUGAUUUUAAUUUCACUUAUCAGCUGGAAAGUGGAAAUGCUGGAGAUUUGCCUAGCUCUGGAGAGGUGUUUACAAUUCCUGUUGCCCCUGGAGAUGUUAUAGUUGCUGGUACGGAUGGACUUUUUGAUAACUUGUAUAACAACGAUAUUACUUCAGUGGUGGUUCAUGCUGUGAGAGCUGGUUUAGGGCCUCAAGUAACGGCACAAAAGAUUGCAGCAUUAGCUCGGCAACGAGCACAGGACAAAAGCAGGCAGACACCUUUCUCUGCUGCAGCCCAAGAAGCUGGGUUCCGUUAUUAUGGUGGAAAACUUGAUGACAUCACUGUAGUUGUCUCUUACAUUGCCAGUGAGCACAAUGAAAGCCCUUCAGCCAGCAGCUCUAAGUUAAUCCCCGUUUUUGUCUUGUUAUUUCAGAAUGUUAUGCUUACGGAUUUCACUCGGAUUGCUGCAGUGAUGUUUUCCCAUUCGUUCAUGGCUUGUGUUUUUAUUGGUCGGGCUUUUAUUAAUAUCUUAGUUGAAGAGUUGAUUGCUAUAAUUUUCUUGCCAAAAGAAGAUGCUAAUUUUGUGCAUAAUAUUUUAUGGUGGUGUCACAACAAUGAAGCCUUUAUUGAGAAAAUUUUCCCAUCAAUACUAAAGAAUGCAGUUGGGGCUGAAACAAAUGUGUACUGUGUAUAUGACAGCCAGGUUCUCAAGGCCUUCACAUCUUCAAUCUAUAUAGCCGGACUAGCUGCCUCUCUUGUUGCCAGCCGCCUCACAGCAGCUUUAGGCCGCAGAAACAUCAUGGUAUUAGAAUUAUGUCGUGAAGGCUACUCCUGUUUACUUCUCGGAAAUGGCUCCACCGAAGUGGCGGGGUGCAUUCAACACCGGCUUCCAAUUAUUUAUAGGCAUCGGUGUAGUGGCAGAACACUGCAUUUGGGGUGGCGCAUCACCCUUGGCCUUGCCAUGGUACUAGCUGCUACCAUGAUAUUGGGCGCUUCUCUAAUCUCAGACACACCUAGUAGCCUUGUGGAGCGGGGCAAAAUUGAACAAGCCCAAAAAUCUCUAGAGAAAGUCCGUGGAUCUGAACCCGAAUCCAAUGUCGCUAAUGAAAAUGAACUAGCUGAACUAGUCAAGUCUAGUGAAACUGCAAAAGCCAUAAAUCAAGAACCAUUUGUGAUUACAUUUGAGAGACAGAUAGGCCUCAUCUUGUGA